AAAAGGAAAUGUCUCAUUCACUGAAUUUGUCUUAGGCCUCCAAAUGUAUUGGGCCGUCUCUGGUUUUCUGCUGCAACUUUUUUUUGCAGGAUACAAAAAUAAAUCUAUAAACUAAUCAAUCUAACUUGAUGAAGUACUUUGUAGGUCAGUCAAAAUGGACAAGAGUUGGAUGACAAUAAAAAAUAGAAUGAAGAGUAAAGAGUAUAGAGAAGGGGUGAAGUCCUUUAUUGAAUUUGCGGUGGCAAAUUUAGGCUCAGCAAAUGAUAUUUGGUGUCCUUGUGUCGAGUGCAUGAAUGACAAAAAACAAAGCAUUCAAGUUGUCAAGAUUCAUUUAAUGUUAAAAGGAAUCUCGCCUUCUUACAAGACUUGGGUGCAACAUGGAGAAUAUGCAAUUGAAGGCACAAUAUGAAAUUGCAUUACAAGCAUGUUAAGAACGUCUUACAUGUGGAUCCUUAUAGUCAUCCAUACGAACAUGUGACUCAAGAGGAUUGGCGCCACUUAAUUGACGAUGUGUGGAAAAGCAAAGAACACAAGGUGAGAUCAAAAGCUGGCAAAAAGAAUAGGAAAAAGCUUGAGUACAAUCAUUGUUCAGGAUCUCGGUCAUUUGUUGCAACAAUGACUAUACAGCCGGAGUUUAAUGGUUCUGAAAACCUUGAAUUUCCAGAAUUCUAUAAGAAAACUCAUACCAAGAAGAACAAAGAGUGGAUUGAUCCUAUUUGCGCCGUGAAACAUUCAAAGAUGUUGAGCUUGCGAGAAGAAUCUUCCUAAUCCGGUGUGCAAUUAACAUCAGAGGAGAUGUCUAGGCAGGCACUUGGAAAAAGGAAGAGAUACAUUCUUGGAUUUGGGGAUGGGCCGAAGCCCUCUUCAUCUUCUUCCACACCUAGUCGUGUGUCACAAGACCAUGUUGGGGAGUUACAGAAACUUAAAGCUGAGAUGGAGGAGAUGAAGAUGGAGCGUGAGAUGGAGCGUGAGGAGCUGCGGAGGCAAUUGGAACAGGAGAGGAGAGAGCGUGAGGAGGAAAAGAAAGAGCGAGAGGAAGAACAGAAGCAAAUUGCACAUCUUACAAGUUUGGUGACAGAGUUCUUAAAGGAAAAGACUCAAACGCAUAAGUCGUCUAUCCAUCAUGAUGGGGCCAUGUCAUCAACUGGUGGCACAAAUACUCGUUGAUACAUGGUGGAGUUAUGAGCAUGUGAAUCUAGUUUUUGGUACAUGGAUAGCUUUUGUUCAGAUGAUCAUGGUGGAGUUGUCUACAAG